AUGGUGGUGCAGAACAUAUCGAAUGAUGUGGAUUCAAAUUUGGCUGGAAAUGAGAAACAAAAUGAAGACUACACAAACACACAAGACCAUCCCACUUCUCACAAUCGUGUUACCACAAACUUAGACGCUGACAAGGACAAUUUGAGCGAAUCGUAUAAUGAGUCGAGCUCUUUCAAUGAGAAUCAUCAAACGCAAGACCCUGCAGUCAAGUCAAACUUCCCAAAUCAUUAUACUCCAGAAGCCACACUGGACUCAUCACAUCUCUUUAGCUCAAACAACCAAGGAACCUAUGGAAAUCUAAAUUCUCGACCUGCUACAACCCAGCCAAGCUCGGGCUAUCUAGAUCCACAAUGGGGAAAUAUGAUGUUUGAUCCUAGUGCUGCUGAUUACUUGUACAAUAUUGAAUUACCAACACAUAUAUCCCAACCAGGACAUAACUCUGGAGUUAAUGAUGUAAGCAGUGGCAUAAUGCACCAUAUACAGUAUCAAAAUAAUGUCCAUCCUGAGGUAAACAAUUUGCCAGCUCCAGAAAACUUUGCACAUCAAAACCGCCCCUCUCAACUACCCUACAAGGAGGAAACUUUGAGUCAAAGCCAACUGCCGCAUGCAUCUAUAUCCCAACAACCAAUAGAUCCUACUUCAAACACGACUUCACAAGGUCCAAACACAAAGUCAACAAAGCAACGACGUCCAUGUGAUCAGUGCCGAAGAAGAAAGACCAAGUGCGUCAUUGUUCCAAAUACAAACAAUUGUGUUCAAUGUGAGGCAAAGCAAUUGACUUGUACCUAUACGACACCAGCAGCGAAAAGAAAGGCUUCUGAAAUGGGGCUGGAUCUGCAGAAAAGAGGGAAGACAAAUGCAGCAGCAUUGACUGGUGACAAUAGUCAAAUUCCCGAUGUGCCGAUACGAGAAACUGCUCCAGUUCAAGAUUACUCAGCCAUGAAUAACUCCCUACUUAAGAAGACAUUGUCAUUGCAGUUUCCACGCUCGAGUUUCUAUGUCGGACCAACCAAUUACUUGUACGAUAUGAAUUUGUUAAAUACAAUCAUUGACACACGUAAUCGUGAUAACAAUCUGAGUGGUGCUGCAAAAAUUGAGCAAGCAAGCUUGAGCAACUCCAUAUCGUUGAGAAAAGUUUGCGAUAAGGUACAUUUUGUUUUGAAAGAUGACCAGUCACCACAAUCCUACCAAACGAUGUCAAAUGACGUCGACACUAUUGAGAAACUCAUCUCUCCUCAUGGACAAAUUUUGAUUGAUUUGUAUUUUAGAAUCAUCCAUCCAUCAUAUCCCAUUGUACAUAAAAAGGUGUUUUUGGAAAAGUAUGCACGCACACAUCGAGAAUUUACCGCCCCUUUGAUAGCAGCUGUAUACGUGCUAGCAAUUCAAUGGUGGGACUAUGAUCCUCAAUUGAAUAGGUUCCCCAAACCUAAUGUGGAACUAAUAUUGAAAAUAGGACUCAAAAAUUAUCUUCAGGAAAUUCUCAAGCGUCCGAAAUUGAGUGCAGUGCAAGCAGGAUUAUUGUUAUUACAAUGUAAGCAUAUUAUUAGUUGCAAAGCUACAAACAACCAGGUCCAGAAUAGCGGAGACGCAGAUUAUUCAGAAUGGGUGCUAUGUUCUCAAGUGGUAUCCUUAGCUGAGGAAUUGGGGCUUGGUUUGGACUGCAAUAACUGGAAACUACCCAAAUGGGAACGAGGUUUGAGAAAGCGUUUAGCAUGGGCAGUAUACAUGGAAGACAAGUGGCUUUCCCUAAAGGACUCUCGACCCUCCCAUAUCAACGAAAACAACUGGAUUGUUUUACAACUACAUGAGGAGGAUUUUCCCGAUAAACAUGGCGACGGAGACUUGAAAGAGGGGUCAUCUGAUUUGGAUACUGGGAAGAAGAUUUUUACAAACUUGAUUGCUUUGUCUAAAAUUUUGUCUGAUAUUUUAAAUCAUUUUUACUCAAUGAAGGCAAUGAGAGAGAUUACUAAUAUUAGCGAGGUGUUGAAAUUAGCUAAACCUUUGCAAUUGCAACUUCGAAAUUGGUUCUAUUCUUUGCCCAGUGAAUUGCAAAUGAACUUGGUGCAACCUAGGAAGUUAUGCUCCAAUGGAUACCUACAUUUGGCCUAUUUUGCCACCGAAUUGACGUUGCAUAGAAAGAUCACCACCAUAAUCUACCAGCAAACAAAUGCUGGAAACCCGCCCCCUCCUGAAUUGGUUAAUGUCUGUCGUUCUGCAGCGAAAACUCGUUUACUAGCAUCAAUUGAGUUUGUGCGUGAUUUAAAGCCUGAACAUAUACAUUCCUUUUGGCACUCUUCAUCAUCAUCUAAUUUCACAUUGAUUGGAACAUUUGCAGCAAUUUUAUUCAUAUCCUCGCCCACUCAAGAAGAAGCAGAUUUCUAUCGAGACCAAAUUUUCAAUUAUCGAUGGAUUUUGAAAAUAUCAUCAAAGGGGUUUGACCAAGUGGCUGAGGCAUUAUCUCAAUUGGAUCUAGUUUUGGGAAAUAUACCUGGUUUACUCAACGACAAUGUCGAUAUGCCUAUGGUUCUACCCAAUGUGCAAGAUCAACAAACUAUGCCCCAAACCAAUCAAAGCUAUAGUCCAUUUGCAAUUCCACAGACUCAACAACCCCAACAGCUGCAACUGCCCCAUCCAUCCUUACGUCCAAAUCCUUCUUAUGAAGGUAAACCCACUAAUCAGCAAAAAAUAAGGAUGCCUUCGAAUUUGCGAGAGUCACCAUACAAUUCCCCCCAAAGUUUUUACACGCCACCAUUUGUUCCUUCGCCUCAGAAUAAGGUUGUCAAUUCACCUCAUACUUCUCAAGGUAACACAUCUCGAGCAGUGUCCCCGAGGGUGUAUGCCAACAAAGCGCCAAGCUAUGCUGACCAAUCCCCUCAUUCGUCUCAUGUCACCAAGUCACCAGAGUCAACUACAAAGUAG